AUGUUUCCCGCCGCUAUUCGCGGUGCUCGCCGGCUCACGUCAUGCCCCGUCAGCACCGUCUACGCGCGUGGCUUCGCGGCGUCGCAAAACAGUCUGCAAAGCACUACGGAAGCCCCUCCGCCAUCAUCCAAGCCCGAGCCGCCUGCCGACCUCAAUACAGUGCUGGAGAGGAACAUGAACACGCUGCUGGUGACGGAGCUGGUGCGCGGCAUGGGCCUCACGCUCAAGUACUUCUUCGAUAAGAAGCUCACUAUCAACUACCCGUUUGAGAAGGGCCCUCUGAGUCCGCGCUUCAGGGGCGAGCACGCCUUGAGGCGCUACCCCACCGGGGAGGAGCGCUGCAUUGCCUGCAAGCUCUGCGAGGCUGUGUGCCCUGCCCAGGCCAUCACGAUUGAGGCAGAGGCCCGCGAGGAUGGCAGCAGGCGAACCACGAGGUACGACAUAGACAUGACCAAGUGCAUCUACUGCGGGCUGUGCCAGGAGGCGUGUCCGGUGGACGCCAUCGUGGAGGGCCCCAACUUCGAGUUCGCCACCGAGACCCACGAGGAGCUGCUGUACGACAAGGAGAAGCUGCUGGAGAAUGGGGACCGGUGGGAGACGGAGAUUGCCAACAACAUGCAGACCCAGUCCCUCUACCGCUGA